AUGUCGAUCUCGGGUGAGAGGUCGACUUCGUACGCGACAUCGGAAAUCGACACUGUCUCGGGCCUGUCUGCGAGUGAGUACAGCUCUGCCGACGAGGACGGCGGUGGUCGCGGAGACAGGGGAGGCGCCGGCGCAGGGCCCGGUGAAGGAGCACGAGGAGGAGGCAGGGGAAGGUCCUCCAUGACGGGGACCAGAGCGUCCAAGUCUUCGGCCAAAGGAAGGAGGAGGUCAUCUGUGCAGACGAGGAAUGCAAGCAAGGCGAGGCGAGGCAGCACGGCGCCCAAGGACUUUGACGACUACGACGAGGAAGACGGUCGCUUUGGCCCGCUCGACGAUGAAGACGACGAAGUGGAACCUCACGAUCGCGGCGAGGAGCUUGUCCGACGCCGCAUGAAGGCUCGUCAGCGCGAAAAGGCGGCGCGUAUCAAGGCUGAGAAGCAGAGAGAAAAGCAGCAGCAGCAGCAGCAGCAGAAGCAACAACCAUUGAGCCCCCGCCUCAGACCUACCUCGCCCGGCGUAGGCUCAUCUGCAGGCCAGCUAGAGCGAGAAGGACGGCCGACCCACAUCAGCCUGCCCCCUCUCGAUGGCAGCUCCCUCGCCCCGCUGUCUACGUCGUCAACGGCACCGCUGAGUCCAGGCACAGUGAGGGGCCCGAUGAACUACCCCUCGCCUCAUUCACACAUUCGCAGGCCCAGCAAUCAGCAGCACGCGUCGACAGCCGGGUGGGGCAACAUCGGCCAGGCUUCCACCGUGGGCCCCCAAGGAGCGGGAACGAGGAUGCCGCAGACGGCGAGGGAGCAUGACGUCUUCUCCGACUCGGGCGAGACGUCCGCCCACACGCAAGGUCCGGGUAGCAGCAUCACGGCAAGCAGCGAUGUGGCACCCACGGCUGACCGCGAGUUCGAUACCGACGAGGAGCGUGACACGGUCGCUGGCUUGGCAACGGACGCGCCCACUCGCAGCCACACGGGCGAGAGCCACACCGAGGGGCCGAGUGAAGAAGGCCGGGCCAACGAGAGUACUGUGAUCCUUGACGAUGAGCAGAUCCAAGACGAGGGCGACCACGCGAGCGCACAAGAAGGUAUUGAGGGCGAGCGAGGCCCAGAAGAGGACGAAGAGGAAGAGGGAGAGGUUUCACCGGGCAGCGGUCUGGGCGACGAAGACGGCAGCGACGACGGCGAUGUCGAAUACACGCUCAAGGAUCGCCAGGACGCUAUCAACAUCGAGCAUCCCUUCGGUCUGCCGAUCUGGAAGCCGGCCCUCUACAAAAAGUCGAGGACAGUGACAAGGAACGCAGAGUCUGCGCUCCACUCGAUCCCCAGUGCAGCGGCCGAGCGCCACCUCCUGCCUGGCAACCUCCUCUGGACCAUCUUCGCGGGCUUCUGGCUCAGUGCCGUGUGCUUUGUAUGCGCCAUUCUUGUCAACCUGAUGCCAUUCGGGGGCAGCAAGUAUGCCCGCGUGAUCUGGGAACUGGGCGGCUACCUCUUCUGGCCGUUUGGAAAGUAUGUCGAGGUUGAAGUGGCUCCCGGCAGCAUCGAGCGGAUCCGAGGAACGUCAGCAGCCUACGAACAUGAACAUCAACACCAGGGUAAUGCUCACGGGGAGUCGUACGAGUACGAGAACUCGUUCACACCAGUGGCAGCUCGAUAUCCACAUGACCACCACCAUACCGUUUACUUCAACUCUAAGCCUACCUCUGGUACCGAAUUCGAGAGACACGACACCCUUCGUCAGGAGGAUGUUGGUCGAGAUUCAGAGGCCGACACCACAACUGCUACCGCAAAGCCUAGUGACGGUCGCCAGCACAGCGGAAGCGAGGACGUUGAAGCCGCACUGGAGGUGCCCACAGAGUCAUCAAUUCUUCGUGGCAAGGCCAGAUCGUACGGAACCAUUACUGAAAAUGGAAAGUCGACGGCGCCACUGACGGCACAGGAACGUCUGUUGGAGGAGAGGGAUCUCUAUGGAUACGUCCAAGACGAACAAGGCCGCGACGUCGAUCUCUACAGUCGCCUGCCGGGCAUGUCUGCCUAUCUGGUCGCAUUCUGGCUCAUCAUUGCGCCACUCAUGGGCCUCGUCUGCCUCGCUUGCUGGUUCACGGUCUUUCCUAUCCCCAUGGCAAAGCUCAACUGGGUCCUUCUCAAAAAUCUCUCGAGUCAGCCUUUGGCACUUCACUUCCGCCGAGCCCCGAGGGCUCGUCCCUCGAGCUUCAAUGGUGAGGGAGACGAAAAUAACCAGGAGGACGAAGACGACGACAAUCCUACGAGCAAAGCACAGGCUAUCUUCCUCCCUCUCAAGCCGGGUCAAUUUGCCCCCGGGCCCAAGAAGAACAAGGGUGGUCGCCUCAUUCGUCGGAGCAAGAUCUUACUGUGCACCUAUCGGGCGAUGGGUUUCCAGUACUACAAGUAUACUGUCGGCGGCGUCAACAUCCUGUUUGUCAACACGCUUCCGUUCGUCUUUUUCACCAUCGCCGACUUCUUCCUCCUCGAGCCUUAUGUCCAUCGCCACCACAUCACUGGCUUCCUGGCCCUGAUCUCGGCAGAAGGCACCGUCUUCGUAUUCGCCCUCGGCAGCGUCAUCCCACUUUCGUACUUCAUCGGCAUGGCAGUCGCUAGCAUCAGUGCACAGUCGAGCAUUGGCAUGGGUGCUGUGAUCAACGCGACAUUCGGUUCCAUCAUCGAAAUCAUCCUCUAUGCCAUUGCCCUUACGCAGCACAAAGCCCGCCUCGUCGAAGGUUCCCUCGUCGGCUCCAUCCUGGCCGGUGUCCUGCUCAUGCCAGGCAUCUCAAUGUGCUCUGGUGCGACAAGGAGAAAGGAGCAGCGCUUCAACGCCCGGUCCGCUGGCGUGACGAGCACGAUGCUUAUCAUGGCGAUCAUUGGUAUCCUCACGCCCACGCUGUUCUACCAGAUUUACGGCACCUUCCAACUAACGUGCAAGGGAUGCCCAGAGGGUGGCAUGCCUGGCGAGGCUUGGACGUGCAAGCGAUGCUACUACCAACACGUGCCGCCGGCCACAGACCCCUUCUAUCAAGACAAUGUAAAAGGCUUGAUGUACACCUGCACCGUCGUCCUCGUCCUGUCGUACGGGGUCGGUCUCUGGUUCUCUCUGCGUACCCACGCCUCACAGAUCUGGCAGAACCCUCAACCAGUGCCCGCCCAAGUCCCAGCUCAAGGCACGCUUCCUCACCACCACUCGUCGCAGCAGCAAGCAGAAACGAUGCAGCCCCCACAACCUCAGGGUAUUCUGGCGCCUGUCCAGCGCAAUUCGAUCUACAAGCGUCUUGUGCCGACACUCUUGCCGAAUAAUCGACCACCGAGCCAGGGUGGAAGCACGCUCAAAUCUCAUCGGAGCACCGCCUACAACCCUUCGGCCGUUGAGCAUGGAGCCGAAGCGAGUGGCGCCAGUCGUGGACCAGCCCACACGACGGGCUCGUCGAGCGAGCCUGCGCCGCUGCAGCUGCCCGAGAGCUUCAGCCAGGCCGAUUACGAACGUGCCGUGGCGCUGACUGCUAGUGCGUUCCAGACGGCUAUUCAGCAACAUCAGAAUCAGCAGCAGCAACAGCAACAGCAACAACAACAGCAGCAGCAGCAACAACAAUCAAGAUCUGCCCACAUGCCGCAUGCUCCGACCUCGGCAAAGCACAUUUCGAUGCAUGAGAGCGAGCACCCCGAUGCAGGUGGAGGUGGCCACGGCGGCCACGACGCGCCCUCUUGGACCCGCGCCACCUCGCUAAUCGUCCUCAUCUCCUGCACGAUCUUGUACGCGGUCAUUGCUGAGAUCCUCGUCGAUGCGGUCGAUGUCGUGCUCAAGGGCUCCGGUCUCGAUAUCAAGCUUCUGGGUGUGACUCUCUUUGCCCUGGUACCCAACGCGACCGAGUUCAUGAACGCCAUGUCAUUUGCGAUCAACGGCAAUAUUGCCCUGUCGAUGGAGAUUGGCUCCGCCUAUGCGCUUCAGGUCUGCUUGAUUCAGAUUCCCGCCAUGGUGGCAUUCAGUGCUUGGUACAAUGCCGGCCAAGAGGUCGUCGACAUUCACUCGACAUUCAGCCUCAUUUUCCCGCGGUGGGACGUCAUUGCCGUCAUUUUCGCCAUCUUCCUCCUCACCUACACCUACAUCGAGUCGAGGUCCAACUAUUUUAGAGGCACGCUGUGCAUUCUCUCGUACGUCGUCCUGGUCUCGGGCUUCGUCUUUGCGCCGCCGACGGGCGACACGGAAGACCCAGGCGAUGAUGGUUCCGGCGAAGGCACGAACCUACUCCAACACUUUUCUCUCGCUGGCAACGGCGCCUUUGGCGCAAGUCCUCUGUCUCCCUCAUCUGCCAUGACCACAACGGCAUUUGGCGGCCUGAGGCAGCCGACGACUGGCUUUGCACCAAUCCUUGCUGGUGCUCAGUGGAUCGGAGCAAUUGUCACGAGCCUCUGGACCAGAUAG